GCUGUCUUUAGGCGGUAAGAGAUUAAUUACUUGAAAGACAGGAAAAAUUUUGACAACCAAAGAUCUUAAAUCCUGGCAAAAACGCUCCUAUAAAGCCCCUCCUAUCUGAGCCCUUCACAGUCACACAUCUCCGUUCUCUUUUCUGGUCUCUCACAAGAAGUUUCUUUGCCCUUUUUCUGUGCUUUCGCCAUGGCGAGAAUGACCAGGGGUCGCCAAAAGAUUCAAAUGGCCAAGAUGGACAACGAGAGUAACCUUCAAGUUACCUUCUCGAAGCGCCGAUCUGGCCUUUUCAAGAAGGCGAGCGAGCUCAGCACUCUCUGUGGUGCAGAUGUCGCACUGAUCGUCUUCUCGCCAGGUGAGAAGGCCUUCUCCUUUGGUCACCCUAAUGUCGACACCGUGCUCAAUCGCUUCCUCAAUGGCAACGAGCCACCCCAACAGACCCUGGGCACGGCGCAGCUCAUUGAGGCUCAUCGCAACGCCACUAUUUGCGAGCUCAACAUGCAGCUGACCGAGGUGCUUGGCCAGCUUGAAAUGGAGAAGAAGCGUGGCGAGGAGCUCAAGAAGGCAAUGAGGGCUAACCAGCAUAAGCAUUGGUGGGAGAAACCAGUCGAUGAGCUGAGCGUGCCAGAGCUUGAGCAGAUGAAGGUCUCGCUGUUUGACCUCCGGAAGAAGGUGUGCAAGGAGACAGAGCAGGUGGUGAUCCAGGCGACCAAUGCUCAGCCAUUCUUUGGAGCGAGCUCAAGCCAUGGACCGCCUAUUCCUUUCCAUGCGCAGAAUGGAAUCAGCGCCCCGGUGAUACCGCCCAACCCUCAUCCAUACAACUUUGGAUAUGGACCAGGAUUUCUUUAAGGCUCUCUAUCGGCUCUAUGGAUAUAUGAUUAUAUGCUCAUUCAGUGUUGUAGUUUGAAGUUAUAUAUGUUUCUGAACUUUUAUCUGCCUUUGUGAUCGUAUGCGUGCAGUCAUUUAGCGAAUGCAUAAAAAAACAUGGAGUUAAAUGGUCUGUUCAAGGAUUUUAUGGGGGUGAUAUGGAUUAUGCGUUCCAUGCUCUAUCCAUAUUAGAUCAGUGUGAAUGGUGUGCUUGACCUUUUGCUCCUGUUGCU